AUGAUUCUAAUUGCACAUUUCUGCAUUCUGAGCGCCCUAUCUGAGUCUGUGCUGUCGCCCCACAAGUGUACUCCACAUGGCGAGACCUUAAAAGAAAGGCGAGUAAAGAAAAAAGAAAAUGCAGCAGCCAAUACUGCAAGAAAUGCCACUGGCAAUAUAAUAGAAGUGCCCAGUGUCUCCAAUGUUGCACUGAGAGUGCUAGACGCCAUAGGGCAAGAUUGCUCUGUAGGAAUAGGCCCGGAGGAAACAAAUAUUUGGAGGGAAGUUAUUGUAGCAACCGAUGAACCCAUUAUAACUAUUGAGACAGAAGUGGCUCCCCAUGAUUAUGCUGAAAGUAGUCCACUUAGGGCCACCAGAGUCCGGCGUCGCCAGCGAUCUGGACAGCCCAGACAACAACAACCACCUGUUGCAUUUUUAAACAUGCAACAGGAACAUAAUAAUCUGUUGCAGCACCAAAAUGUCCUAUUAAAUAGACUUAAUGACACAGUCGAGGGAAAUUCCUAUACGGGCUACGUAUUUAAGAUAAGGGCAGAAAGAAGACGCAAUUUAAGUGAAGAAAUUAUUUAUUAA